AUAAUUCUUGAGACGGUCCAAAAUAGAUGUCUAACGACAACGACACGUUACACAGGUCUAACGCUUACUAAAAAUGAACUGGAUGGGUGGCGUCCGGAAUCGAUUGAAAGUCAAGAAUGACAGAAAAAGACAACAGGAUUUCUUUGAGAAGCAGAAAUUCACAAGCAGGGUGCAGAAACACAAGACUUCCAUUAAGCCAGCAAAGAAGAAACAAUCCAUGAGUUUGGAUCUUGUAUCAUUACAGGCAGCAAACUUCAGUGCAGCUCAGUUUAACAAAAAUGGUACUGGUAUUAGAAGUAGUGAUCGUGUAAACCGUGUUGACCUUGGCAAGUCACAAGGAUUACCAAGACAAAAGUUUGUUGUACUUCCUGAUGCUUCUCCAGACUCCAAGCCAUCUAUUCUCAACCUAAGCAAACCAAGUCCCCAGGAGAGCACAAGAUGUCAAAAACGGUAUUCAAAAUACAAGAGACAUAGCUUAUCAACCAUUACAGAGGACAAGUCUUCUGUCACUGACCUCAACAGCCAAGAUAUCUCUGAUAUGCUUUCUGGUCAAAUGGAAAGGUCCGACAUUUGGACAUCAACUCCUAUUGACUUUUGGCACAAGAAAAAAAUGCCAAAGAGACACAAUGUUACAUUAGGCUCCCAGCAUCCUAUGAGACAAGGAGAUCAUCAUGACAUAGUGAAGAGAGAGCAUCCUUUCCACAGCCCUUCUACUUCAGAAAAACUUCUACUUAAUAGCUCAAAAGAUCAGAUGAAGAUGAUGGAUGACAGUGAUUACUUGGAAGGCAAAACUCCAGGCAGUAAUAGAAGUGACUGGUCAGACUUCUCAACAUUAAUGGAAGACACAGAUGAAGCAACCGUUCCUUCAAUAGACAGUGACGAUUUGGACUAUCAAGUUCUAGGGAGUAAUCAGGUUCCUUCUCAGUCAUUUCCUGAAUCACUUCAAUCUAAUGACGUGCCUACACAACAGUGGACAUUACAAGCAACUGAGGAGGAGUCUAUGUCAGAUGUGCCUGAUUCUACAUUCAAUUAUUUCAAGGAUUAUCAUUACAUAGACAAUCAUAUGGGACGCUUCACCACAGGGCAUCCCACACAGAUUUUUCAUCAACCAACCACUGAUGGACAUUAUACAAGUUCAGACAAGAAAGAAGACUACAAAGUCCAGAAACAUACAUACUCUAAACAUAUCACCACUGAUAUCCAUCCAGCAAAUGAAAUGUCUGCUCAUAAUGAAGUUCCAACAAGAAACACGGACCAACCUGGUCUAAGAGAUCAGCCUGAUGCCCCCGAGGUUACAAUGGUUAAAAAAACUGAGCAACUUAAAAACAAACACCAGAGGAGAAGUAGAAGAAUUCAGUUCAAAGGGCAUGUAAAGCAGAGAUCAUCAUUAGAUCAGAGUCAUGGUGUCAAGGAGCAGAGAGACUUGGCAUGUAAUGAAUGUUCUAGUUUCACAUCUCCAGAAGAUAGCGGCACCUACCUCAUGACAAAACAAGCUCGGCUUGACAGAUAUAGGCACCAUUCAGGUCUACAGGAUUUUAAAGCCAGUCAAGUACAUCAUUUGCAAAGCGAUGCCUCAUUGCAGUUUCCUAAUCGACUUGGGGCUAAGGCUGAAAUAUCUGUCAGUGGACAUGCUAUUACAAGAGAAAGUAACAGAUCCAGUAGUAAUGCGAAUCGAGAACAAUCGAUAGAGAGAUAUGUUAUCAAGAAGUUUGCGAGGGGAAAGGCAUUGGUUCACCCAGACAAAAAGAUUGACAUUAUGAAUCUGUACACUAGAGAAUCAAAGCAUGUUGUUCCAGUAGAUGAAGAGAAAGGAAGAGACAUGCAGGUCCAUCCAUACAGCAAACACCAUUUAAUGCCAUAUAUUCGGGAUAGUCAAAGUAUGUCACUGGAAGACAAUCAGCUAAGUCAUGAAAAUACAGCUCCUGUGAUAGUUGAUAGCAAUGAUGGCAUUAUAAGCGAUGUCAAUGAAGAAGAGACAGGAUGUAGUUCAAGCAUAGCUUCAUCUAGCUCAGAUGAAUCAGCUGAUAUGGAUCUUGGAACAGACUCUCAUGCAUCAUCAAUAAACAACUGGCAAGAAUUUAUGCAUACAGACGUACAUGGGGUGAACAACACAGAGGCUGCUCAAAAUGACAGCAGAUUUGUCAAAGAUGUCCCUUGUACAGCUCAGCAAAUGUUACAGGAGGUUAUUGACUUGGACAGGCAAUUGCAAAAGGAGGCAAUGGAAUCCAAAACAGAUGAUAUGGAGAGUACUCUUGCAUUUGUUGGUGGUGAGGAAAGAAGGUUGGAAAAGCUAUCUGAUACUAGUAGCUCAAAGUUGUAUACUGAAGUUAGUGUCAAGGACAGGAUUGAAGGCAUCAAAGAUAACACAUCUCCAGUUUCAAAGUUAAAAACGUUGUUAGCAAGCAACACUAAGAACAGUGACCUUAAAGACACCUUGGGAAAAGGACACAGUCACAAAGAUCAAAACACAAAUAUUAAGGGGAAACCAAAUGCUGAGGUUCUAGUCAAGAAUAGUGUUAGUUCUUCUCGAAAAGAACAACCAGUAGCUCAGUUGCUGCAAGAGAAUACAAGCUUAUGUGGAACAGAAAGCUUGAAAAACAUCCUCACAUCACAGACGGAUACCAUCAGCACAACUGUAGUUAGCACCAAUGAAGAUCCUGUUAAAAUGGGCUCUGUUGUUUCAACAUCCACCUCCACAACGUUCCAACCAAAAGGAGAGGUUGUGAUGUGUGAUCGCUUUGUUCAGUGCUCAUUGAUUGGAGAUCCUCUGUCUAUGUCUAGAGGAAAGAUUAAUGAUGUAGAAUCAUCCAUGCAUUCAUCUGAUAUUGAUGUGACAUGUAUUGAUACAAUGAAACAGAUUAGUGCUUGUGAUUCUGAUGCUGAUACUGUAUUAUCCCAUGAAAAUGAUUUUGAAUCCUGUGCAUCAACACCUCAAUAAUAAUGAUACAUCAUAUCAAAUGAGAAUAAAAGACUGGAAAGUCUGGAAUAAAAGACUGAAAGUUUGAGAACAAUUGAACAGAUGAUAAAGUUACAAGCAUUUAAAUGUUGAGAUCACUAAUGGAUAUAGGCUAGACAUCCUCCCAUUGAUAAUGCUACCAACAUGUGUGAUGUCACACUUGUACAACUCCUUUCACUUUUCUAUUUAUUUCUUUUUGCUGUCCGUUUAUCAAGUCUUUCCAUAGAUAAGGCAUAUUUUCCAUGGGAUGACAUGUAAUAGACGUUUCAUAUAAUGGACAAGGAGUUUGUACUGUAAUAAAAAGCAAAAGUAGAUGUUUUGGGUGUAUAUUUUAAGUGUUACUAAAACGGUGGAUUUGUACUUGCAUGACAUCACAAAUCUUGGUCGCAUUGUGAAUAAAACAUCUCCUUAGCUUUAGUGCCUUCAACAUUCAAAUAUUCAUAAACUUCUAAUUGUUUGUCCCGUUUAACUCAUUCUUUCAUUUUAUUCUUAGAUAUUUCUUUUUUUACACAAGCUAACUUGUUCCAAGGGUUCUUUUUUUUCUUUACCAUGUGACAAUUGCUAUUUAGCACUCAAGCAACCUGGGAGUGAAAACAAGGAAGUAUCUUCCUGUAUUGUUCAAACAGUUUAAUUUUGAUUAUGAACCAAUUAUCUUUAACAGGAAAUUUAACAAUUAUGAUAUUGUACAUUUGUAAAUUUUCUCAUAGUUGGAGAUAAGGUUGAGAAAAAUAACAACUGUUAAAGAUAUUCUCGUUCUACAGUGCAAAUACACAUUAAACUUUGAAAAAAAAUCCUAUAAAAAUGAAAUAUGUGUAAUAUCUUGAAACUUUUUCCACUUUUGUAUAUUUGUACAAGUCUAAAGUAUCAGAGUAUUAUUACUAUACGACUGUCAACAAAAGCUUCAGCUUGAGUGAGCACCACUUCCAUUAAAAGUUUGUGGAAAGUUACUUUCACAAGAACUGGAAAGAAAUAAAUGGAAGAAAGUGGAUGUCAGCUAUGAGGAUGUGUUUCUAUUGUAACUUUUCUCCUUGUCCAACACAUUCCCUCAAGCUCCACUGACUUCCACCCCCCCUCCCCUCUUUCUCCAAAAAGACUAUCCCGACAUAUCUUUUGUUACAUGUAGCCAUAAACUAAAUGAAAUACUCUGAGAUUUUUUUUCAUUGAAGUAAGGCUUUGGAAAGUGUGGAAACACGAGUAUUUAAUAAGUGUUAAUUGUGAAACCCUUAACAACGGACAAAACAUACUUUAAAAAAUGCUGGAGAUGUCUGAAUUGAUUUUGUUUGCAAUUAUUUAUUUCAUUUUAUGUAGUCAGCUGCCACUGACAACCUAGAUGUCAGGUUUAUUAUUUUGGAAGCAAAGCUCUUCAAACAAAUUGCAAAGUACUUGUUUUAUUUUAAUGGACAAAAAUAUGCAAAGAAAUUAACAGCACACUUCUUCCUUGACACAGCAUGAAAAUUAGCAAUCUUGUGCAGACCCAAUUCUGUUAGCUUUACAGUAGUAGGCAGUGCUCAAUCAUGAUAUUCUGUCAAAAUUCAUACUGGCAUUUGAUGGAAGAGACUAAAUUCCAGUAAUACACAUGAACAAAUUAUUCCCAUAAUGUAAAUAUUUAAACUGCCAGGACUUUUUCAAUGUAAUUUACAUAUAUGUAAUUAAUAUUCACUGUCGAACUGAUAACUGUAUUAUGUGAUUGGUACUUGUACUACCAAAGUGUGUCGGAAAUUCUGUUUGAUAGUCAAUAGCAUUUAACAAAAAAUAAAACUCCAAGACAUCAAUGAUUGCAGGUAGCAUGGCAAAAAUAACCCUUCUACUGAACAAAUUCAUUAGGAGAUUUUAUUAAAAAAACUUUGUGUUGAAUUGCUUUAUUGCACAGUGUUUUAGAUUGUAAAUAUUAAAACUUCAAUAUAGCAUUAGGGUGGCAUUAAUCCAAUUUACUACCAUCUGUAUAGGAAUUGCAUUACAUGUAUUUUGGUUAAAAAUGUAGACCUUUGAGAUAAAAAUGUAUGAGAACUUCGACUUAGAAGAAAGGCACAACACUUUGCAUUAUCUGGUCUUAAAAAAACGCUUUGAUUGAAUUGUAAAAAAUGGUUUUGAAGUAAAGCCACAUCUUAAUCUUAAGUAUUAACUACACUAGAAUCAGAUAACCGUUGUUUUUUUAAUUCAAUUUACAUUGGUCUUAUCUAUUUGUCAAUCUUUACAAAGUAUCCUUACAAAGUAUUGUUGACAUACUAAACUUGUUGAAUGUUUUGUUAAAAAAUCAAGUUAAUGUUGAAAUGUUUACAUUUGAAUAUUUCUUGUGCCUGUAUUGGUUGUUUUGCAGUACAAUACCUUGCUAUUAAUCAGAAUGCAUAAGUGAAUUGCAAUACCAAAAUAUGAGUCAGAAUGCAUGAUUGAUAAACAAGCGAAUUGCAAUAGCUAAAUAUUAAUUAGAAUGCAUAAUUAAUAACAAAUGAAUUUCAAUACCUUAUUAUUUAGAAUGCAUAAUUAAUAACAAACAAUUGUAAUACCAUAUUAUAACGCAUGAUUAAUAGCAAGGGAAUCGAAAUAUUUUGUUACUAUUUACAAUGGAUGAUUAAAAAAAUUCAAUUGAUAGGUUAACUCAUUCAUCCACACUAACUUCUCUAUACAUUGUCAUUAACAUACAUUUAAGAAAACAAAGAGUACAUAUAUGAUAUUCAAUGUAUCUUGGAGUCACAUUUUAUUAAGUAUAGAAAUGUACAUAAUUUUGUGAUUUAAAUCGCUCAAUUGGAAUAGAUCAUAAUCCAUUGUAUUUGACUUUUCCAUUUGGAAUGCACUGCAUUGGUGACUUAAAAAUGCACUGUACUGUGUUACCUGCAAUAACCACAACCAAAAUUAGACAAAAGGCAGUAUUACAGUAAAUCUGUUGGCCAAAUGAUCUGUAUAUAUAUAUAUAUAUAAAGAUUGUAUGAACAGGGGCUGUUGCAUAUAAGUUACCAUUAUGGUAACUUUGCCAUCCAGUGGUAAGAUCAAUAGAAUCCUUGACUCUGAUUGGCUGUUGAUCGUCCAUAGUAGUUACCUUUGGAUGGCAUAGUUACCAUAAUAGUAUACAAAUAAUGAAUGUUUUUCAUUCGUGCAAUGGACAGAAUGCUUCAUGAGGUGAAAG